UAAAAAAAGCAAAAAUAAAAAUAAAGAUGACAUGUAUCGAAGCGCGAGGGUGAGUGAGAAAACGGAAGUGACCUUUGUCGUUGCUAAAACAAACAAGAAAAAAAUUAAACCAAUCAAAAUCGCGCCUACAAAUGUAGCGGGAAAUUUGGAGGAAGUAAAGUUUGGAAGAGAAGCAGUAAUCAGCUGUUCGCCAUUUGUAUUUACUUCUGCUGCCUCAGUUGUAUACUUAUAUCAAACCAUGGGAAAGAAAUGCCAGUUGUCGAAUAAGAGAGAUUCUUUGCAGGAACUCCAGCCAUGUGCAACAGUUGGUUCCACACAUCUAGUGGGCAAAAGUGGAUUAAUUCCUACCAAGUCAGGAAAAUCGAAGUUGGUUGAUUCCACACAGAGAACACUUGUUUUGCAAGACUCAAAGCUGAACUUAAACUCACCGAAACCAGAAGGGAAGGCAACAGAAACUGAGAGAAGGCUUGUGCAGACCUCCAACAUAGAGAGCGCAGAAAAGGAGGCUAAUGAAUUAAUGUGUGAAACAAAUAUUCCUGAAACCUACUGGAAAGAUUAUUCUGAACAACAACGGCAAGCCCUUGCUGAAACUUUAGAAGAAAAUAAAGCAUUACAUGAGGAAAACAAACAAUUAAAGUCCAAAGUUGAGGAACUGACUUUUGAAAAUGACAUGUUAAAACAUGAAAAUGAAACAUUAUCUGAGCUGGCAUCAAAAGCUGAGGAUUUUGCAAAUCUUGUACAGUCUGCCAUUGGUGAAUCAGAAAAUACAGAAGACAAAGAAGGGUCUGCUGAUGCUACAUCUACUGAGGAAAGCCAAAGUUUAUAAUGGAAUUAAAAAAAUUAUACUGCUUUAUUUUAUUUUAUUUUAAUUUUUAUGUAAAUAAACAUGAAUUUUUUGGAUGACAGUAACUAUCUAGUGAAAGUUUACUGUAGCUAUAUUGAUCUCUAAUUUUUAACUUAUAUAUUUUAAAAACUUAAAUAUAAUGGGUGUGUGCAUGUGUAGAUGCAAGCAUGGCAAUGUGGUUCAGAAACUUGCUUUGCAACCACUUGGUUU